AAUGAGAACGUGGGAGAGAUCGAAUUCUCUGCCGAGUCAAAUAAAUUAAAAGUUGAAAUUUUCCUAAAGUUUCCUAAACCCACAUUUCCGAAAGAAGGUAUAAAUAAAUUUUCAGUGUUUGAGCGAGUCACUUGAGCGUGGUGAAGAUGAUGCGGAUGCCGGUGACCGCUGUGCUGCGGAAGGUGUCUCGUGUCCCAGCUGUAAACAAUGCCAGAAUCUGCGCCUUUUCCUCAGCUGCGCCCGAAAAAGUUGAAGUAUUCAUCGACGAUAAGCCCGUGAUGGUGGAGCCUGGAACAACGGUACUUCAGGCUGCAGCACUCGCUGGUGUGGAAAUUCCACGCUUUUGUUAUCACGAACGGCUUUCAAUUGCAGGAAACUGUCGAAUGUGUCUAGUCGAAGUGGAAAAGUCUUUGAAGCCCGUCGCCUCUUGUGCCAUGCCAGUUAUGAAGGGAAUGCGAGUCAAGACCAACUCGGAAUUCACAAGGAAAGCCCGAGAAGGAGUAAUGGAGUUUCUGCUGGUGAACCACCCAUUGGAUUGCCCCAUUUGUGACCAGGGUGGUGAAUGCGAUCUACAAGAUCAAUCAAUGACAUUUGGGUCAGACCGGUCUCGUUUUACGGAUAUUAACUUCUCUGGAAAACGAGCUGUUGAAGAUAAGAAUGUUGGCCCACUCAUUAAAACGAUUAUGACUCGAUGUAUUCAUUGUACUCGGUGUAUUCGUUUUGCAUCCGAGGUUGCUGGUGUAGACGAUUUUGGUACAACAGGUCGUGGUCAAGAUAUGCAAGUUGGGACCUAUGUAGAAAAAAUGCUCAUGUCUGAAAUGUCGGGAAAUAUUAUCGAUUUGUGCCCCGUUGGAGCAUUGACAUCAAAACCGUAUGCAUUUAUGGCCCGUCCAUGGGAGACAAGAAAAACAGAGUCAAUUGAUGUUUUGGAUGCGAUUGGAUCUAACAUUGUGGUGUCUACUAGAACGGGAGAAGUUUUGAGAGUGAUUCCUCGGCAAAAUGAUGAUGUUAACGAGGAAUGGAUAUCUGACAAGAGUCGAUUUGCCGUUGAUGGAUUGAAGAGGCAAAGGCUCACUGUUCCAUUGUUGAAAAAUAGUUCUGGACAACUGGAGCAGGUAGAGUGGGAAGAUGCACUUGUGAGAGUUGCUCAGGCCCUCCGGUCUGGGAAGGGAAACCAGGUUGGAGCAAUUGCUGGGGGAUUGGUGGAUGCUGAGGCUUUAACUGCUUUGAAGGACGUACUGAAUAGGCUUGAUUCCGAACUUUUGUGUACUGAAGAAAUAUUUCCGUUGGAUGGAUCCGGAACUGAUCUUCGAUCAAACUACCUUUUGAAUUCCAAAAUAGCAGGAAUUGAAGAAGCUGAUAUGGUUCUGCUGAUUGGAACUAAUCCACGAUUUGAAGCCCCUCUUUUGAACACCAGAUUACGAAAAAGUUGGAUUAAUAAUGAUUUAAAAGUAGCAAUGAUUGGUCCCAAGGUUGAUCUUACCUACGAAUAUGAGCAUCUGGGAGACAGUCCUAAUGUUAUUGAUGCAGUCAUAAAUGGGAAAGACGCCUUCUCGAAAACUUUAAACAGUGCAAAAAAACCAAUCAUUAUUGUUGGCUCAACCGCCCUUCAACGUUCGGAUGCAGCUGUAAUUUUGUCUAAAAUUCAAAAACUCAGCUCAUCGCUUCGAGCUAAAGGCCAGAUUCCAUCGGAUUGGAGAGUUCUUAACGUGCUUCACCGCGUAGCUUCACAGGUUGCAGCUCUUGACAUUGGUUACUCUGCUGGUGCACAGAAAAUCAGGGAUGCAAAACCAAAAGUGUUGUUUAUGCUUGGUGCUGACGAGGGUGUAAUUUCUCGAAGUGACUUGGCUAAAGACUGUUUUGUCAUUUAUCAGGGACAUCAUGGAGACAGAGGAGCAGAGAUAGCUGAUGCAGUUCUUCCUGGUGCUGCAUACACUGAGAAGCAAGCGACGUACGUUAAUACAGAAGGUAGGAGUCAACAAACCACGUCAGCAGUUAAUCCCCCUGGAAUGGCGAGAGAAGAUUGGAAAAUUAUCAGAGCGCUGUCUGAGAUCAUGGGAAUAACCCUUCCGUAUGACGACCUUCAUGAAAUUCGCAAACGAAUGAAUGAAAUAUCUCCAAAUUUAACACGAUACGGAGAUGCCGAAGACGCAAAUUACUUUGCCCAAGCGACAGAGCUGGGAAAUUUAAUUAAUAAACCUGCUGACUCGUCCCCCUUUAAUGUUCCCAUGAAACAGCUCGAAGAUUUCUAUAUGACAGAUGCAAUUUCUCGAGCAUCUCCAACUAUGGCCAAGUGCAUACAAGCAGUAAAGAAGCAACGAGAGUCCAAAUAUUAGCAUUAGUCGUCAUCUACGAAAUAGUUAAAUAUCUUGAUUUUAAAUUAUAUAACCUGGUCUUUUCCUAAAUUAUUACACAAUGAAUUUAUCGCCAUAUAAAUUGGAUUUACCAUGCAUGUGACGCAAUAGUUGUUGCAUAAAAACGUAUAAAAAUUAAUAGAAAACGUCAAUUUAUUUGGAUUUAGCCCACCAUAUGUCGUAGAAAUUUAUCAGUUAUUCUGUAAAUGAACAUUGUAUAGAACUUAAAUAAAAGAUAUAUAACAUGUC